UCUAUAAUAUAUAUACUAUAUAAAUUUGUAGUUUGAAUUAGAUUAAAGUUUUAAUAUUGAGGACUGUGUGUACUUAGAAAAAGUUCUAUGGGGCGAUGUCGAUGGAGUGCCAUGUUCAAUUUGGUUCGACCAAAAUAUGAGAUUAAAAUUAUUUUUAAUACAUCUAAUGAGAUUUUUAAAAUUGUUAUUUUCAACCGUGGUUACUAAAUAAUUAAUGCUCGAAAUUUAAAGAUAAAAUUCAAACUGAUAAAAGAACAGUCACUAUUAUUUAUUGUUAAAUGGUCAACUUUAAUUUUGAUUAAAUUUUUUUUUGUAUUAUUGUAUACUCGAUCAUUAUUUGGCAUGAAUAAUUCUUAUUUAUUAAAAAAACAACUAAAAGAUAAUGAAGAAGAAUUAUCCAAUUACCUACGUGAUAUGAAUAUUUGGAAAGAUCAAAUGAAACGAAAAGAACCUACUUUACCUCUUAAAAACCCUGGUGAAAAAAAACCGAAAAUUAGUGAAAACAAAAUAUUAUCAUGUGAUUACUCAAAUUGGGACAAAUUUGAUAUUGUAAAUGCUGGUAAAAAAUUGGAUAACCAAGAUGAAUUACAAAAAAAUAAUCAUACCUCAAGUGAUUAUUUAGUCAGUAAUAAAUUACAAUCAAAAAUCUCUGAAGCAUUAUAUGAAAAAAAAUUGGGCAAUGCAUUAGUACAAAAAGAAAAAUGGGCUGAAGCUAUAACUAGGUAUACGAGAGCCAUUGAAUAUUAUGACAAGGAUCCAAUAUUUUAUGCCAAUAGAGCAUUAUGUUAUCUUAAGUUAAAUAAAUAUAAAUUAACAAUUAAUGAUUGUACUUCUUCUCUUAAAUUAGACAGUACUUAUGUAAAAACAUAUCAAAGAAGGAGUGCAGCUUAUAUGGCUCUUGAAAUGUACGAUGAAGCAAAAAAAGAUUUGGAUUCUGUACUAAAACUUGAACCCAAUAAUAAAAAAGCCAAAAUUGAUAUUGAAAUUAUUAACAGCAAAAUUAAAGAUGCAAUUCCUAAAAAUAAUAUAUUACUUAAAAAUAAUAGUUUAAAUAAUUUAAUGAGCAAUGUUGAAGGCUCAAUAAAAAGUGUUAUUCCUCAUUGGCCUUCAAGACCAAGUUGUAAACAAAUAACUUCCAAACAAAAACCUCCACAUUUAAGAUCAAAAAAACCUUUUUGUACACUCAAAAUUAAAGAUAUUCAAGAAGAUCAAGAAGAAAUAAAUAAUAUGCAUUUAUUGCAAACAACAUUGAAAGAAGUUUGUGAAAAAAAACAAGAAGUUAUUAGUUCAGUAAAAAAAGAUUUAAUGCAAACUGAAAAGAAACAAGAUUUAGUUGUUCCUCCUCCUCCUCAAACAUAUGUACAACUCAAACAAGAUUGGGCAUAUUUGCAAAAAGAUUCUAAAUUGUUGUUUCAAUAUUUUAGACAAAUUCCUGGUAGGCGUUUACCAUUUAUUGUACGUAACUCAAUGGAUCAUGAUUUGUUUGUGGAUAUGAUAAGAAUUUUGAAAUUAGAAUUUAUUCAAAAUGGAUGUGAAGUUACUGAUCAUUUAAUUGGAAUAAGUGAACUACCUAGAAUACAAAUGUUAGUUAUGUUUUGUUCAUACGAUGAAAUAUUAUGUAUCAAAGAAUUACUACAUCAUGUUUCACAAAGUACUCCAGAGAGUGUUUUCAAAAGAUUGAAAAGUUCUUUUGGAAUUUAAUAUUACUCAAACCACAAUUUUUUUUAUUUAUAUGCACAUUUAUCACAUUUUUUCAAUGUACUACCUCUACUACCUCUGUGUUGCAUUAUAAUUCAGAAUUAUAAUUAUGGUUUAUAUAUAUUAAAUAGAAAAACAUUUUCUUCAAACU